CUACUUGCGAAUAUGCAGGAGCAAUUCAUGCAUAAAAACCGCUUACAAGAAUAUGCUCAAAGGUCAUCCAUACCUUUGCCAAUAUAUCAAACUGUUAAUGAAGGGCAUCCAUAUGCAUCACAAUUUAGAUCUACUGUUCUGAUAGAUGGAGUGACAUUCAUGUCAUCUCGGACAUUUCCUCGUCGAAAAGAAGCAGAGCAAGACGUGGCAAAACUUGCUCUUGAAGGCAUAUCUAGGAAGAUAAAGGAUGAAGGAAUUCCCCUAAUUCAUGCAGAUACUACAUUCUGCAAGUCUAUCCUUCACGAAUAUGCAGUGAAGAUGUAUAUAGAGAAGCCUGCAUACACAACAUCUCAAUUAGAAGGGGUGCUGCUUCCUUCUUUUAUAUCAUCUUUGGUUUUUGAUGGAAAAACUUAUACAGGUGCUGCAGGAAGAAACAAGAAGGAAGCAGAACAGAUUGCUGCACGUGCUGUUAUUCAAUCCAUCUUAGCUCACUCUGAUACAAGGAUUAUCAUGUCUGAAAUUGUAAAAUCCAAGGGUAAAUUGUAUGCUGCAAUACAAAAGAACAAUGACUCAGGUUUAUCACAUCUGGGAAAUGCAGCCUCGGGACAGCAGGCAAGGAAUGACUCUAGUGGCAGUACUGUGAAAAGAAAAAAAAUUCAGGCUGCCCCAGCAAAUGACGACUUAGCUGGUGUUGCAAAUCAUAAGCAAUUGCUCUUGGGGCAACGUCCUGCUGCUGCAGAGACAGAACCACUUCUUGAAGCUAAGAAACCUAUAGAAGAAUAUCCAUGCGAACAAAGUUUUGGACCAAUUGGAGGGGGCACAUCACCGCCAGUUCUUUCACAAGAUGUUCUACCUUCAGGAUUAAAGAGGAUUGUGUUCGAGUCAUCUGAUGGAUCUUAUCAUGCUGAACAAAACCAGGUAAAUGAUCUGGAUGGGCCAUCUAUGCAAUCCUAUGAUGCUCAAUACAGGUUCCUAGUAGCCAGAGAAAGCGCUCGAGGAAGAAGCAGAACAGAGGACAUCAACACAGGAAAGCACGGACUGAACAGAUCUUCAAAACUGGAUUGUAAUUGUUCGACUUGCCCACCAUUCAGGAGCAUCACUCUUUACCCAAGGAUGACAAAUCUUUCAGCAUAUUACGCAAGUCUCUUGGCUCAUUUCUGGAAGGCGCAUCCGAUGAUGAUUUUGGGCCUGAUGAAUGAGCCUUGAUCACCAGUAACUGCUCUUGGAUAUGGGGAAGCAUAAAAUUCUUUUUCCAGGACCUUGACUACUGAAACACUAUGUUGGUAAAGGAGGUGAAGUUAAAUCUUUUGACGAGGACAUACCCAGGAAUUGCACCAACCAUUGACUUGUGUGAACCACAAGACAUUGCACUUAUCUUCCAUAGCUUACAUGAAUGAUUUCAUCAUCUCAAGCAAAAGUAUUCCUGUUACAUGAAGAAUAUCGAGUUGCAUGACAUCUCAAAAGUUCACUAGCAUGCUCCACAGAGAACAUGCACAAAGGCUUUUUCCUCUAUUGAUUUUGAGCCCAGAAGAUAGGGGAGAGGCAUGGUUUUCAAAUAUUCGCUACAACCUCUUGGAUGCUCAUGACCUAUCAAAUCUCGGGCAUUUUCCAAUUUUUUAAUUGAUGAUAAUGAAAUGCCUCGAGGCUUUGUAUGGUUCCCAGCCAAAAAAAACUUUCAAGUCAGUAUUGCUCCUCUUCUCCUCUUAACCCACUCUCUGUUUUUUAUAAUUCUACGCUGUUGUUUCUGCUUGGACCUUUCGGCCGCAGCUGAACCUCCUUGGUUGCUAGAAUCAGGAAUCUGUGCGGAAUGUAUGGUGUACGUAGUGGAUGUUUUAAAGAAACACUCAUAUCUAAGGAAAAUGCCUGGAAUGCAAGUAAGCAUUCAAGUUUCUGGAA